AUGUCCAUCAAGUCGCUCACGAUCCAUGGGUUCAAGUCGUUCCGGGAUCCUGUGACGAUCAACUUGCGCGAGGAUGGGCUGAAUGUGGUCGUCGGUCGCAACGGCAGUGGGAAAAGCAACUUUUUCGCCGCGAUCCGAUUCGUGCUCGGCGACGCGUACACGUCGCUCUCGCGCGAGGAGCGGCAGGCGCUCCUGUACGACGCAUCAGGCGCGACAUCGACGACGCUCUCGGCGUUCGUCGAGGUCACGUUCGAUAACAGCGAUGCGCGCUUCCCGCUGCCAGGCGACGAGGUCAUAUUGCGGCGCACCGUGAGCCUCGCGCGCGACGAGUAUGCCAUCGACCGCAAGGCCGCGACGAAGCAGGAGGUCGCGAGCCUGCUCGAGUCCGCGGGCUUCGCCACGAGUCACCCGUACUACAUUGUGCCGCAGGGCCGCAUCACGCACCUCACCAACGCCACGGACGCUGAGCGUCUCGCGCUGCUCAAGGAGGUGUCGGGCACACGCGUCUACGAGCAGCGGCGCGCGGAGAGUCUGGAUAUUCUGCGGUCUACAGAUGCGCGGUACCACGGCUCUGCCGAGCUGCUCGCGCAGCUCGAGUCGCGCAUGGACGAGCUGGCCAAGGAGCAGGGCGAGCUGCAGAAGUUUUAUGCGCGCGACAAGGAGCGGCGGUGCCUCGAGUACACGAUCUACCAGCGCGAGCUCGCGGACCUGGCCGACAUGCUUGAAACGCUCGAGAAUGAGCGGCGUCGCGACGUGGACGAAAGCAACACGCGCCGCGCCGCGUGGGCGCGGCAGGACCAGGCAGUCGCGGAUCUCGAGGGGCGCGCGCAGCACGUUCAGCAGGAGCUCGAGCAGGUUGCACUCGAGCAGACACAGCUCGAGCAGGAGCGGCGCGAGCUCGCGCGCUCACAGGCGCAGCUCGACAGCCGCCUCGAUGACCUGGGCGGGGCGCCCGAGGAGCGCGCGGCACUGGAGGCGGCGCUUGCGGACGUCGAUGCGCAGGUCGUGGAGCGCGAGCGGGCGCUGGCAGAGCGUACACGCGCACAUACCGAGGCGGUACAGGCGCUCGAGGCGCAGCGGGCGGCGCUGGAGCACGAUCGUACCCGUUUGGCGGCGCUGUAUGCGAAGCAAGGGCGCGCCGCGCACUUUCAGAGCGAGGCGGAGCGCGAUGCCGCGCUCGACUCGGAGCUGGCCGAGCUCGAUGCGCAGGCCACGGCGCUGGGCGAGGCAGAGCGCGAGGCGCGCGAGGCGUGUGCAUCCGCCCAAGCGCACCAUGCGUCGUGCGUGGAGCGCCGCGUGGCCCUGGAGGCCGAGCUGGCGACGCGCGCCAACGCUGUGGGCGAGGCGCAGCAGCAGUGGCGUGCGCUGCGGGACGAGCGCGAGUCGCUGCUCGAGCAGAAGAAGGAGCUGUGGAAACAAGAGGCGCAUACCGCUGCGGCGCUCACACACGCUAAGGACCAGCUGAGCAGCGAGCAGCGGACGCUGGCAAGCACGAUGGACCGCGCGACGGCGGCGGGACUGCAGAGCGUGGAGACCAUGGCGGCGCGUGAGGGCAUCACCGGCGUGUACGGCCCCCUGUACCAGCUGUUCACGGUGGACGACCGGUACAAGACGGCCGUGGAAGCCACGGCCGGCGCCUCGCUCUUCCACAUGGUCGUCGACACCGACGAGACGGCGGCGCGGCUCCUUGCGCUGCUGCAGCGCGAGAAGAGUGGGCGUGUGACGUUUAUGCCGCUCAACCGCCUGCGGCCGCCGGACACGCACUACCCGCAGGCGCCCGACGCGGUGGUCAUGCUGCGCAAGCUGUCGUUUGACGAAAAACUGCUGCCUGCGUUCAAGCAGGUGUUUGGCAAGACGAUCAUCUGCCCGCGCCUCGAUAUCGCGGCCGCGUACGUGCGCAGCUGCCAGGGCUUGAAUGCGAUCACGCUCGACGGCGACCAGGUCGACCGGCGCGGUGCGCUGAGCGGCGGCUUCCACGACCCGGGCCGCUCGCGGCUGGAUGCGGUGAAGAGUGUGCAGACGUGGCUGGCGCGUGUGGAUGCCGCACAGACGCUGCUCACGCAGCAGCGGCGCGAGCUGAGCGAGCUGGAGCAGCGGGUGACGCAGCUGUACAGCGACAUGCUGCGGUGCGAGGCGCAGCGCACGCAACUGCAGGACGAGCGCGCGGUGGCGCUCGAUGACCUGACGUGGCAGCGGCGCAGCGAGGCAGAUGCGGCGGCGCGCGUUGAGCGCAUGGAGCGGGCGGCGGCGACGCGCGCGAUCGACUGUGCGAACCUCGCCACGAAGCGUGCGGCGCUCGAGAGCGAGAAAGGCACGCCCCUCGAGGACCGUCUCACGGCGGCGGAGCGCGCGGAGCUCGGCGCACUCGUCGCGCGGGAGCGCGAGGCGCCGGCGGCGCUCGCGGCGCUAACGCGCAGGGCCAUGGAGCUGGGCGAGGCGGCGCAAUUGCUGAGCAGUGAGCUGGACGAGCGGCUGCGCCGCUCGCAUGCGGCCCUGGAGCAGCGUCUCGCGCGUGCGGACGAUAGUGCGCCGCGGGGCGAGGCGGCGCAGGCGCUGCAUGCGUCGCGGGCCACGACCGAGUCGCGCCUGCAGCAGGCGCAGGCGCGGCAGGACGCGCUGCAGGCGGAGCUGGCGUCGCUGCAGGCGCGGCUGGAGCAGGCGCACAACGACGGCGAGGUCAAUGCGGAUGUCGCGCGGCAGCGGGCGGCGGCCGAGCGGCUCGCCGCGCGAAAGCAGCGGCUGCUCGAGCAGCGUGCGCGGUGCAACGAAAAGAUCCGGGACCUGGGUGUGCUGCCGGAGGACGCGUUCCAGAAGUUCCAGCGGCACUCGACCGAGCAGCUGGCGGCGCAGCUGCACAAGGCGCGCGCGGCGCUCGACGAGGUGGCGCAUGUGAACAAGCGCGCGGUCGAGCAGUUCCACAGCUUUGCGAAGCAGCGGGACACGCUGCUGCAGCGCCACGAGGAGCUGCAGUCGUCGCAGACGUCGAUUCGCGAGCUGAUCGAGGUGCUCGACGCACGCAAAGAGGCGGCGCUGCAGGCCACGGUCGAGCAGGUGGCCUCGCACUUUGCCGCCGUCAUUGCGCAGCUCGUGCCGGGCGGGCACGGCGAGAUGCGCCUGCACGACGCGGGCGUGGCGCUGCAGGUGGCGUUCCCGCCGCAGCGCCACGCGGUGCGCAUGGCGCAGCUCUCGGGCGGCCAAAAGUCGCUCGUGGCGCUCGCGCUGGUGUUUGCGAUCCAGCGCAGUGACCCCGCGCCGUUCUACCUGUUCGACGAGAUCGACGCGAACCUCGAUACGCAGCACCGCACCGCCGUCGCGCAGUGCAUCCAGGAGCUGGCGCAGGACGCGCAGUUCGUCACGACGACGUUCCGCCCCGAGCUCGUGGAGCGCGCGAGCCGCUGGUUCGGCGUGCUGUUCAGCGCGCACAAGGUCAGCUCCGUGGUCGAGAUCGCGCGCGAGGAUGCGCGGGCGUUUGUAGAAGCCGUCGAUACGUAG